AUUUUUGCGAACAUUUCAAUAUCCGACUUUGAAUUUCCUAGAUCAUGAAUGAAUGAGAAGACUUGUGCAGAAUUGGAUGGAUAUCGAUUGGGUGACUCAGAGAAACAGCAGUAGAAGAAAAUGGCUCACCUAAUAUAUCUCCGAUAAUGGUUGAUCGUGAACUUCUUCCACCCGGCUGGGAAGCCAGAUGGGACCCAAAUCAAAAUGCAUACUUUUUCAUUGAUCAUAAUACACGGCAAACGACAUGGAUUGAUCCAAGAUUGAAUCCCCAGAGAAAGCAAUAUAACAAUCGUUACCAUGGCAGUCAGCAACCAGCAGAGGUGGUACACCAAACUGUCACUGACCAAUCAAAUGCCAAGUUCGAGGCUUCGGUCAACGCUCUGUUGAGAGCAUUCCCACAGGCCAAUCAAGAAGUGGUCAGAGCAGUUAUAAAAAGCUGUCAGAACAACCACACAAGAGCCAAAUUGAUUCUAAUGUCCAUGGGAUUCAAAGAAACUAAUACAUCUGAAACUGCUAAACCAACUUCUGGAGGAGGAGCUCCACAACAAAUGUUGACUCCACACCUUCAGCAACAUAUGUCACCUCAAAAUCAACAAGGUGUACGCAACCAACACAGCUAUCCAGUCUCUCCGAAUCAAAGACGUUCAAUUUCUCCUCAGCAACGACGGUCACUUUCUCCUAACCAACAAUUCGAUGAGACAUCACAGAGUCAAUCCCCAAAUUAUCAGAGGAAUGCACGGUCCCUCAAUCAAGAAAAGCGCAUAAUCUCUCCAAUCCGCUCUGACAGGAAAUCAUCGCCAAACAGACAACCAGGAGCAUUACAGCAGAAUGAGCACGAAAGACUUUCUCCAAUCUACUCUGACAGGAAAUUAUCGACAAAAAGGCAAAGAGGGGCAUCACAACAGGAUGAGGACCCAACUCUACAGCCAAGGCGCCAUUCUUACCAAGCUGCUACAAAACCCUCUCAACAGAAAUAUGUAUCUGCUGCAGAAAUAAUGGCGUCUUCAAGGAAAAUAAGCCAUGAUUCACAUCAAACCAUUCACGAGCAAAAUCAAGCAGACGGACAAAUAUCAAACAAAAACCCUAUCAUUACCACUCUUUCUCACUCACUUUCCCCAAAGUCCUCAAGCAAACGCUCUUCAACAGACCAAGCAUUUACAACAAGUGACGAAAAUCAAUCUGCAGUUUCGCCCCAAGUUCCUAGAGAUAAUAGUUCUCAUUUCAGAGAUCAGGAAAUAUCAAAUUCUGAGAAGGCAAAACUGAAACAGACCCUGAUGGACCAGUUUCCAGAAUGUGAGUCUGAUGUUGUAGAACUGGCUCUGAAAACUACUAAUUUCAAUGCGUCUGCCACAGGUGUUUUACUGGAGACAUGGAAAAGAAGUGUGAAAAGAGAGGAAGAACAAAGAAGUUAUGGUGAUUACAAAAAGAGAACCGGAUCUGACAUAACUUCGCUUACUCCUGAUGUUUCCCCAACAACAAUCAUUACAAAACAGCCUGCUGCAUAUCUUUCAGAUCAGCAAAGCAAUGAAUCUUGGGCGAAUCAACAUUCGAUUGGAAACGACCCGAGUUCUUCAGAAAGAAAGAUAUCUCUCAAAACUUUGCUUGUGACAUCUCAAACUGCGUCUCCUUUUACCAGCUUGAUAAAGAGAAUUCCAGGAAUGACAUGUUGCUUUCUUCCUUACACUUCAUCGACAACCAGUCAAUUCACCUCAAGAGUUGUUACAUCCGAUGCUAUUCCCCAGUCACCUUACCGCACAGCGCCACAGGGACCUAACCCAGCCCUGCCUAAAGGUCCCAAUAGAUCACUUCUUAGCAAGGACAUUAUUCAAGCUACAGGUCCUGACAUGAAGCACAGAAGAGGGCCAGACCCUCUUAAUGUUGGGAUGAGGGUUGUUGCUGUGGGUCCAAAUCCAGCUUUGGUACAGGGUCCAAUCAAUGUACUGAAUGGACGUUCAAUGCUUGUAACCUCCUUGUGAUUCUUUGAAAGGAAUUGUUAAAACAUUAUUGUUCUGAUCAGAUGCUCAAUUAUUUGACAUGCAGAGAAAUAUCUCUCAGAGAAUCUAGACAAAAUAUAUGAAUUAUUAUCAUAAAAUACAUGUAUUAUAUAUAACAAAUAUAACAACUUUACAUUUUUAUGGAAUUCAUGGUGCCGAUCUUACUGUGUGAGGAUUUUUGGCAUGAUAUUCGUUCUAAUCGAUGUAAAAAUUAACUGUGAUUGUAUAUUCCUCAUAUCUUAUAUUUAACGUUUUCAGUCCUGGCUUGUAACUAUUUUCUUAAAAUUAUGUUAACAUAACAUCGUUAUUAUUGCAUCGUACUGAUUUUGCUUGUUAAAGGUCAAUUAAUAAUACAUGUAUGUCGUAGUUAUUGUUUUUGAAUGUGAAAAUAACAACCUUCAGUAAUUCAUGUU